GGUCUUGCAGAUGGUCAACGCCUCAGAUCUACUGCUACAAGGGACUUUACCCGAAGAGACAGGCAUGGAGGCAUCGACCAGGCGGGAACGAACUUCCAAGUGAGGCGAAAUACUUCAUCAUGAGAGAAAACCCAACCCACAAAAGAUAUUCGCAUUCUCAUCAGAGUUCCAGAAGAGCACUAGGGAUGGACAAAAUCUCUCACCAACUACGCCCUGCGCGAGGCUACCCGGAAGACGCUGGGUCUGUCACUUAUCGACAUCCGGGAUAUCCAGCGUACGGCGACGGGCUUCGCCAUACGCCUCGAAACAAAAUGAGCCGACAAAGGAUCUUAGCCAAGGAGCAGGUAUUAGGACACUGCCUCGAGACCACUGAGGUUGAACUACCGACAAAAUAGUCCAAUUACGUCGUGCCGAACUGCCCGACCAAACUAACCAACAUGCUAGGCGAAUUGGUCGGCAUCGGCCAGGUCAUCCAGGACGAGGUGAUCGCCCAAACAGGUCUCAAGACAACCAGCGUGCGGCCUUCCGAGACAUA